AUGGAGCGGAGGAUGAAAGGCGGAUACUUGGACCAGCAAGUGCCCUACACCUUCUGCAGCAAAUCGCCCGGAAAUGGGAGCUUGAGCGAAGCGCUGACGGCCCCGCAGGGGAAGCUCAUGGACCCGGGCUCCCUGCCGCCCCCCGACUCCGAAGAUCUCUUCCAGGAUCUAAGUCAUUUCCAGGAGACGUGGCUCGCUGAAGCUCAGGUACCAGACAGUGAUGAACAGUUUGUUCCUGAUUUCCAUUCAGAAAACUUAGCUUUCCACAGCCCCACCACCAGGAUCAAGAAGGAGCCCCAGAGUCCCCGCACAGACACGGCCCUGUCCUGCAGCAGGAAGCCACCACUCCCCUACCACCAUGGCGAGCAGUGCCUUUAUUCCAGUGCCUAUGAUCCCCCCAGACAAAUCGCCAUCAAGUCCCCUGCCCCUGGUGCCCCUGGACAGUCGCCCCUGCAGCCCUUUCCCCGGGCAGAACAGCGGAGUUUCCUGAGAUCCUCUGGCGCCUCCCAGCCGCACCCUGGCCAUGGGUACCUCGGGGAGCAUAGCUCCGUCUUCCAGCAGCCCCUGGACAUUUGCCACUCCUUCACAUCAUCUCAGGGAGGGGGCCGGGAACCCCUCCCCGCCCCCUACCAACACCAGCUGUCGGAGCCCUGCCCACCCUACCCCCAGCAGAGCUUCAAGCAGGAAUACCAUGACCCCCUGUAUGAACAGGCGGGCCAGCCGGCCGUGGGCCAGGGUGGGGUCAAUGGGCACAGGUACCCAGGGGCGGGGGUGGUGAUCAAACAGGAGCAGACGGACUUCGCCUACGACUCAGAUGUCCCUGGGUGUGCGUCAAUGUACCUCCACCCAGAGGGUUUCUCUGGGCCCUCUCCUGGUGAUGGGGCCAUGGGCUAUGGCUAUGAGAAAACUCUGCAACCUUUCCCAGAUGAUGUCUGCGUUGUCCCUGAGAAAUUUGAAGGAGACAUCAAGCAGGAAGGGCUUGGCACGUUCCGAGAGGGGCCACCCUACCAGCGCCGGGGUGCCUUGCAGCUGUGGCAGUUUCUGGUGGCCCUGCUGGAUGACCCAACGAAUGCCCAUUUCAUUGCCUGGACAGGCCGGGGGAUGGAGUUCAAACUAAUUGAGCCUGAGGAGGUUGCCAGGCUCUGGGGCAUCCAGAAGAACCGGCCGGCCAUGAAUUAUGACAAGCUGAGCCGCUCACUUCGAUACUAUUAUGAGAAGGGCAUCAUGCAGAAGGUGGCUGGCGAGCGUUACGUGUACAAGUUUGUGUGCGAGCCCGAGGCCCUCUUCUCCCUGGCCUUCCCGGACAAUCAGCGUCCAGCUCUCAAGGCUGAGUUUGACCGGCCGGUCAGUGAGGAGGACACAGUUCCUUUGUCCCACUUGGAUGAGAGCCCCGCCUACCUCCCAGAGCUGGCUGGCCCUGCACAGCCCUUUGGCCCCAAGGGUGGCUACUCUUACUAG